UUUCAAAUGUCACUGACGUUUAGGUUGGCAAAACAAACAUUACUUGGUGACAUUAGACAUUACGACAUAACCUCAAAACGCACGUGUUAUUCUGUGUUUUAAUUUUUUCGAAACAAGGUGAAAAUGACGAGAUUUGCGCGUGCGAAAGGGUCAAAAGCGUCCAACGAGAGAGUUCCUGAGGAUGCUACACCCUGGAGUGAGAUGAAGAAGCAGUUAUUGGAGAAAAAACAACACGCAGAAGAAGCCAAAAAGAAGCAAGAAGCAGACAAACAACGACAGAAAAAUUACAAACGGUUUUUGGACGAGGUUGGUGAAGAAGAAAGUAAGAAUUCCAAGUGGGCCGAGUUUCCGAAAAAAGGGACAAAGCAGAAGGCUGAUAAUGAUGUCAUUGAAACAGAAGUUAAACCACCGAAACGAAAAAAGCUUGAAGAAAACAAUAAUGUUGGUGAAACAGAACAGCGACACAGAAAAAAGAAAGUUAAGGUUGUAGCGCAAAAGGGGGGCGCACAACAAGAGAAUGCUUCUGAAGGUGCGAGCACUAACCAAAAGAAACAGAAAAUUGAAGAUCCAUCAAGCACUAAUGGAAUGACUAAUAAACAGCAACCUAAAAAGAAGAAAAAACUAAAAAUAUUAACAGGAGAAGAUGGACAGCAACUUCAGAUUCCAACUAGUGACAAAAAAUCUGAAAACGAGGUGACAGCGAAGGCGGCAAAAGUAGUAAAACAGGAUAAGAAAACUCCAAAAGUUGUAGCAAAGAAAAAAGGAAUUAGAAAUAAAAACAAACAAAAUAACGGCAACCAGAAGGGAAAACCAGAAAAGCCAGCAACAAAUACGCCCCCAUCAGAAGAAGAUCUGAAAAAAAUUGAAAAGAAGAAACAGAAAAAAAUACGUCAACUAGAAAAAAGGAAGCUGAAUACAGAAAAUCAGCCAAAGUUUUCGCAACCUAGCAAAAAACAUACAAAAUUCCAAAAUAAGCAAAAACCAGAACGCCGGAAAGAGUUCCAAAAUAGUAUGAUAAUUAAUGGUGAAGAGGUGGAAAUCGCAUAUGUUGAUAAUUUUCCAAUUAAAAAAGAAGAUGCAGACAGAAUCAAACAGUUGCGUAAGCAAAUGAUUAGUAAAGGUCUACCAAGAAGCGAAAUUAACGUCGCCUUGAAACUGGAGAGACGAAAAGCGGAAAAAGCUUUAGCUCGGCUAAAGAAAAAGGUUUGCUUCAAUUGCAGAAAAUCUGGCCAUAAUUUAUCCGAGUGUCCCAGCUUGAAUAAUCAAAUGAUGGCUGAAUCUUCUGGAACUGGAAUUUGUUUUAAAUGUGGUUCCACGGAACAUACGCAUUUUGAGUGUAAGGUGGUUAGAGGUCAAGAAUUUAAAUUUGCACAAUGUUUUAUUUGUAAUGAACAGGGGCACAUUGCUCGACAGUGUCCUGAUAAUGCUAGGGGGUUAUAUCCAAAAGGUGGGGCUUGUAAAGUAUGUGGAGAUGUGACCCAUUUGAAAAAGGAUUGUCCGAAGUAUCAGAUGCAGCAGCAUCACCUUGAACAAAGUGUAAAAUUAGGAGUUAUGAAUAGUGAUAAUCCUGAUAAUUUAGACAGAGAUGACGAACCUGUAAACAUAAAAGAAACUAAGCGACCAAAUAAAAUUGUUAAAUUUUAAA